AUGAACUUUCCAAAUUCCAAACCUAAAAUCCUCAUAACCUUAAUCCUCUCAUUUCACUUCUUCACAAUUUCAACCUCCCAACAAAUCCAACAACCCACAACCCCUAAUCUCCAAAAUGCAUUACUUGAUGAAGCUAUUGAUGAUGCUAUCAACAAGCCUCAAAAGAAUUAUAGAGCUCUAUUGGAGCAACAAGAAUUCCUCUCAGCUCACAACAAGGCUCGUCUCCACAUCGGUGAACCUGUCUUCAUAUGGGACACUUCUCUAGCUCUCUUUGCCACACAAUUCACUCGGCAACGUGCCGCUGAUUGUGCCCUAAUCCACUCCAAUGGCCCAUAUGGCGAAAACAUUUUCUGGGGGUCCGGAAACCAGUGGACCCCCACAGAUGUGGUGAGGCUAUGGAUCAAAGAACACAAGUUUUAUGACCGUACAAGUAAUAGUUGCGCGAAUGGGAAGAUUUGUGGGCAUUAUACGCAAAUUGUGUGGAGGGACAGCGUGCGAUUGGGCUGCGCCCGUGUUCAAUGCAAUAGUGGUGAUGUUUUCGCUAUUUGUACAUAUAAUCCACCAGGAAAUUAUGUCGAUGAACAACCUCUUGUUGACCAUCGUUCAUGAUGCAAGAAAGCACUUUGUUUUUUUUUUUUUUUUUUUUUUUUUUGAGAAU